GUGACGUCCAUUCAUCCGAUAAAUAAUGGAUCAUAAAUAUACACCGCAAAACCGCAUAUAAUGAAACAUAAUCUAACAUCAUUCUAAUAUACUUUCCCACUAUUAUUUCCCUCAAUAAUCAUACAUUUUAAACAAAGAUCAACAUGGAUGUUCAUGAAGCUCAAGAGCUUCAUGUUGUUUUCUUCCCAUUCAUGGGUCAAGGCCACAUGAUUCCGACCCUUGACAUAGCGAGGCUCUUUUCCGUUCACGACAAUGUGAAGGCAACCAUUAUCACCACCCCUCUCAACAAGGCCACCUUCACCAAGGCCAAUGAAGAAAGUGAAAAAAUCGGAGAUCCGGUUAUUAAAAUCGAAGUAUUCAAGUUUCCUACAAAAGAAGUUGGCUUGCCUGAUGGAUACGAGAGCCCGGAUCUAUCAUUAGGGGUAGGGAUGAUCCAAAAGUUCUUUAAAGGUACAGAGAUGCUAAGCGAGCAGCUCGAGGAGUACUUGGAAAAGGUCCGACCCAACUGCCUUGUGGCUGACAUGUUCUUCCCAUGGGCAACUGAUAGUGCAGCAAAGUUCAAUAUCCCUAGGCUAGUCUUCCAUAGGAUUAGCUACUUCUCCCUUUGUGCUCAAGAAAUUAUAAGGGUACAUGAGCCCUAUAAGAACGUGUCCUCUGACGAUGAACCAUUCAUUCUUCCUUCCCUCCCCCAUAAGGUACAGAUGAGAAGAUUGCAUAUCUCGGAAGAUUUUUGGAAAAGCGAGGGAUCAGAAUUUAAACGGAGAAUGGCCAGGAUCAAGGAAUCAGAGGUCAGGAGUUAUGGAGUGAUUGUUAACAGCUUUUAUGAGUUGGAACCUGAUUAUGCAGACUAUUUCAGAAAAGAAUUGGGGAGGAGGGCGUGGAGUAUAGGUCCUGUUUCAAUGAGCAACCGACGCGCUGAAGUUAAGGCUCAGAGAGGCAAACAGGCGUCAAUAGAUGAGCACGAGUGCAUGAAAUGGCUAAGCUCAAAGAAGCCUGAUUCGGUGAUUUACCUCUGUUUCGGAAGCACAUCAGUCUUCAUAGCUCCUCAGCUGCAAGAAAUCGCAAUGGCUCUAGAAGCAUCAGGAAAGAAUUUUAUCUGGGUCGUGAGGGAUGGUGGUGAUGGAAAAAAUGAAAAGUGGCUACCAGAAGGAUUCGAGCAACGGAUGGAAGGGAAAGGUCUAAUAAUAAGGGGAUGGGCUCCGCAAGUGUUAAUCUUGGAGCACGAAGCCAUAGGAGCAUUUGUGACUCACUGUGGGUGGAACUCUAUACUAGAAGGGGUCGCAGCUGGUGUGCCAAUGGUUACAUGGCCUGUUUUCGCUGAGCAAUUCUACAACGAAUUAUUAGUGACUCAGAUUUUGAAGACCGGUGUCUCAGUUGGAGUUAAGAAGUGGGAUAGGAAACCUUCAUUAGAGAACAUCAUAAAGCAAGAAGUUAUAGAGACAGCCUUAAGAGAAAUCAUGGAGGGAAACAAGUCAGAAGAAAGGAGAAUUAAAACAAAGAAGUUGAAGGAAAUGGCAAGGCAGGCUGUUGAAGAAGGUGGCUCAUCAUAUUCUGAUAUACAUGCAUUGCUAGCUGAGUUAAGAGGUUAUCAACUCCGACAGCAAAAUUAGCAACUAUGUACCGUAAAUCCCUCUCAACUGUACUCCUUUUCUAACUCUUUGCCAUUGACGACAAUGGAGUUUCAAGAUAAAAAUCCUUAAAAGCUAGCA